ACACUAAAUCCCUCGCACACCCAGACAGAAGAAGGUUGGACGGCGUUUGAAAACAGGAAAUAAGAAAGCUUCUGCCCACCAGACGAGAGUUACUCUAGAGAAGAGCUCUGGAGUCAGAGGAGCAAUGCAUCUACCGGGGAGAAAACAGAUUUUCUGUCUUUUAUGGGCAAUAAUUUUAUUAUCACAGUGGGUGCAUGGCCAGCACUGUAUAUGGUAUGGUGAAUGUGGAAACUCCACUAAAAUUCAAGAGAAGAAGUUAAACUGCAAUUACACAGGCCCCCCUAUACCUUUACCUGAUGAAGGACAGGAACUGCUACUGGAGCUGUGCCCAGGGCUGGUUUAUGGAGACAACAAAGUUUGCUGUGACACCCAACAGCUUAAGACUCUGAAAAGCAAUAUCCAGAUCCCCCUUCAGUACCUGUCCAGGUGUCCAGCAUGUUUCUUCAACUUCAUGACCCUGUUCUGUGAGCUCACCUGCAGUCCCAGACAGAGCCAGUUCGUCAAGGCCACACAGUUCUCUCCAGAUCCUGAGCAAAACAAAACGAAUGUGCUUGAGGUGUCCUAUUACAUCAGCCAGACCUUUGCCAAUGCCAUGUACAAUGCCUGCAGCGAUGUCCAGGCCCCCUCCACCAAUGUCAAAGCCCUCAGUCUGCUGUGCGGGAGAGACGCCAGUGAGUGCACUCCCAACAACUGGAUCCAGUACAUGUUCGACAUCAACAAUGGACAGGUCCCCUUUGCUAUUGACCCAGUUUUCUCAGAUGUUCCCGUCACGCACAUGACUCCCAUGAGCAACAGAACGUUUAACUGUACGCAGUAUCUGGAUGAUGGCUCAGGGCCCUGCUCCUGUCAGGACUGCAGUAAAGCGUGUGGCCCCACACCUGUGCCCCCUCCAAUCCUUCCACCCUGGACCAUCCUUGGCAUGGACGCCAUGACCGUCAUCAUGUGGUGUUCUUAUAUAGCCUUCCUCCUCAUCUUCUUUGGAGUUGUACUGGGAACAUGGUGUUACAGACAGAGGAUGGUCACAUCUGAAUAUGGCCCAAUUCUUGACAGCAACCAGCCCUACUCCUUGAACUCUGAUGGCACAGAUUUUGUAGAUGAAGCAACUUGCUGCGAGACGUUGGGCGAGCGGUUUGAGAAUGCGCUCCGUGUUCUCUUCAGCAGCUGGGGCUCAUUGUGUGUGCGGCAGCCCUUAACUGUGAUCCUGGCCAGUGUGGUGCUGGUGGCGAUCUGCUCGGCCGGACUGUCCUACAUGCGGAUCACCACCAACCCAGUGGAGCUCUGGUCGUCUCCCACCAGCAGGGCCAGGCAGGAGAAAAACUAUUUUGACCAGCACUUUGGACCAUUCUUCCGCACUGAGCAGCUCAUCAUCACCACCCCGUGGAACAAGUCAGGCUCCUUUUCACCCACCGCUGGGCCAGACAUCAACUUCGCCCCCAUUCUGAACAUAUCACUCCUCCAUCAGGUGUUGGAUCUCCAAACAGAAAUAGCAAAUCUUACAGCUGAAUAUAAAGGAGAGACGGUGACUCUUCAAGACAUCUGUGUUUCUCCACUGGCUCCUUACAAUGACAACUGUAGCAUUCUGAGUGUGUUAAACUACUACCAGAACAGCCAUGAAGUCCUGGAUCAUGUGGUUAAAGAUGAAUUCCUUGUCUACUUUGACUACCACACUCACUUUCUGUAUUGUGUCAGUUCUCCCACAGCUCUGGAUGACACAAGUCCAAACCAUGACCCCUGCAUGGGUACAUAUGGAGGCCCAGUUUUCCCCUGGCUUGUUCUUGGGGGAUAUAAUGGCACCGACUACAAUAACGCCACAGCUCUAGUGAUCACCUUUCCUGUCAACAACUACCUGAAUGACACAGACAAAUUAGGCAAAGCUUUAGCAUGGGAGAAAGUGUUUAUCAACUUUGUAAAGAACUAUGAAAACCCCAACCUCACCAUCUCCUUCAGCUCGGAGCGCAGCAUCGAGGAUGAGAUUGACCGCGAGAGCAACAGUGAUGUCACCACUAUCCUGGUCAGCUACAUCAUCAUGUUUGUCUACAUCUCGCUGGCUCUGGGCCACAUUAAUAGCUGCGUGACCCUGCUGGUGGACUCCAAGAUCUCUCUGGGUAUUGCCGGUAUCCUGAUCGUGUUAAGUUCAGUGGCAUGUUCACUGGGUAUCUUCAGCUACAUCGGCAUCCCCCUCACGCUUAUCGUCAUUGAGGUCAUUCCCUUCCUCGUGCUGGCAGUGGGUGUGGACAACAUCUUCAUCAUUGUUCAAACCUACCAGAGAGAUGAGCGAAUGCCAGAGGAAGAGCUUCAUCAGCAGAUUGGUCGUAUCCUCGGAGAGGUGGCUCCCAGCAUGUUCCUCUCUUCGUUCUCCGAGACUGUUGCUUUCUUUUUAGGUGCUCUGUCCAGCAUGCCUGCAGUGAGGACGUUCUCUCUGUUCGCUGGUCUGGCCGUCUUCAUUGACUUCCUCCUGCAGAUCAGCUGCUUUGUGUCUCUGCUUAGCCUGGACAUCCAGAGACAAGAGGCAAAUCGGACAGAUAUAUUGUGCUGUAUAAAGUUGUCUAAUGAACCACAAAAAUCAGAAGGUUGUCUGUUCCGUUUCUUUAAGAAGAUAUACGCUCCUUUCAUCUUAAAGGAUUGGGUGCGCCCCCUGGUGGUUGCUGUGUUUGUGGGAAUGCUGUCAUUUAGUAUAGCCGUUGUUAAUAAAGUGGAGAUUGGACUUGAGCAGACGUUGUCCAUGCCUGAUGACUCCUAUAUGCUGGAUUACUUUGGGAAUCUCAGUAAGUACCUGCACACCGGGCCGCCCGUUUACUUUGUGGUGGAGGAUGGACAUGACUACAAAACAACUGAGGGGCAGAACAUGGUGUGUGGCGGAGUGGGCUGCAACAACAACUCUCUAGUCCAGCAAAUUUAUGCCGCUUCUCUCUUGAAUAACUAUACUAGGAUCAGUAACGUUCCAUCAUCAUGGCUGGAUGACUACUUUGACUGGGUGAAGCCGCAGUCGUCCUGCUGCAGAUAUUAUAACACCACAGGAGCUUUCUGCAAUGCUUCAGUGGUGAAUGAUAGCUGUGUUCACUGCAGACCUAUGAACGCUACUGGGAAACAGAGGCCUAAUGGUACCGAAUUUAUGCACUUCCUUCCCAUGUUUCUCUCAGACAACCCAAAUAUCAACUGUGGAAAAGGUGGUCAUGCUGCGUACAGCACUGCUGUGGAUCUCAAAGAGAACAACACUGACGUAGGCGCCACCUACUUCAUGACCUAUCACACCAUCUUACAAAAGUCAGCUGACUACAUUGACGCCAUGAAGAUGGCACGAGAGCUUGCAGACAACAUCACUCAGGCCAUCAAACCGCAUGACAAAAGUUACCGUGUCUUCCCUUACAGUGUAUUCUACGUCUUCUAUGAACAGUACCUCACUAUCAUCUAUGACACUGCCUUUAACCUCGGUGUGUCAUUGAUGGCCAUCUUUGUGGUGUCUACGGUGCUUUUGGGCUUCGAGCUGUGGUCUGCAGUGCUGGUGUCCUUCACCAUUGCUAUGAUCCUGGUCAACAUGUUCGGAGUCAUGUGGCUGUGGAAUAUUAGCCUCAAUGCUGUCUCAUUGGUCAACCUUGUCAUGAGUUGUGGCAUAUCAGUGGAGUUCUGCAGCCAUAUAGUGAGGGCUUUCUCUGUCAGUACCAGGAGCUCGAGGGUGGAGCGGGCGGAGGAGGCGCUGGCACACAUGGGCAGCUCUGUAUUUAGCGGCAUCACCCUCACUAAAUUUGGUGGGAUCCUGAUUCUCGCCCUGUCCAAAUCCCAGAUCUUCCAGGUUUUCUACUUCCGCAUGUAUCUUGCAAUUGUCCUGCUUGGAGCCACUCACGGCCUCAUCUUCCUGCCUGUAUUACUCAGUUAUGCAGGCCCAUCUGUAAAUAAAGCAAAAGUCAUGGCUGCUCACAACAGGUUUGUGGGUACAGAGAGAGAGCGACUCAUCUACUAACGGCUCUGUGACGCUGAAUGGCAGUGGACAACGCCAGCUUUACAUUUUCAUGUUACAUGUAUAGGAACACACUUAACUCAGGACUCUCCUCUGGGUGUACAGAAGGCCUCUUUUACACAGCUUUUCCUUUCAACAUCCACCAAAUAAACCUAAACUCUGACAGACUUGGAAGAUCCUUUCAGUAUUGAAAUGAUACAGUAAGGAGAGUGUAUGUGGAAGAGACAACAGUCAUUUCCUUGAAUGUGUGUAAACGUCCAAGCAAGCUCUAACCACAUGUAACGCUGCAGUCAUUGUGGUAAACCAACCAAGACAACAAAGGAGACAAAAGUAACAAGAGGGCAACAUUUUUUGUUUGUUUGUUUGUAUGAAUGUGGGUAAGAAAUGUGUGACUAAUCAUUUUUAUUUAUUUGUGUGUAUUCCUUUUCAUUUUUCUGUUUGCAUAUUUCAUAUAAUUAGCUAAUUUCACAAAUAAUGAAAGAACUGUGAACAGUGAGCCACAAUGGACAAUCACUUAAUGUAUUGUGAUGCUAUGACAAGAAUGACAUGUUACACAAAUGGCUAGCAGUUUACUGCUAGCGCUGCCAGAACUGUGUGGGUUUCAGGCAGUAAAAUAACUUUAGUCUUAGCUAAUUAACAAAGUUGGGAAAAUGAGUGGCAGUGGAAAAUGAUAAACAUUACUUUUUUUUUUUUUUUUUUUUUUUUUUAAAUGUUUACUUACAAAGUUGUGCUGUUCUGCAUUAAUUAGCAUUGACAUGCUAAGAAAUGGAGUGCUAGCAUUAAUGUCGUGACUUUAGCCACUAGGCUAACCUGAGGUUUAAUUAACCAAAACAUAAGUGUACACUUGGGAGUUGCAGUUUGGUUUAAAAUCAUGUUCCUUUGGAUUUGCCUGCUUAAUUCAGUUACUAACACAAUGUAGCUUCAGAAAGGCUGCUAAAUAUGUUUGGUACCUCAUAAAAGUGGUUGGGGGAACACUAUUGCAUCAAAGUAUGCCUGAGGCAAAAAUGCAUUGGCGUACUAAUGGUUAUUUUUUAUGAAGAUGGGUUGGGAUUGAUGUGGACUGUGGGCAUGAUGUGAUAUUUCAAGGGAAAAUUUUCACUGUUAGGGGUUGGCAACAUUAUGACAACGUAUCCAUGUUUUUUAGAUAGAUUAUGUACAUCUCAUUAAUGUAACAUCGGUCUAAAGUUUGUGCUUUGUGGGCAACAGUCCUUGAUUUGAAGAAUUUUUGAAAUAAAGAUACUAAUUUGUAAUAAA